CUCGCUGUUGUUGAAGGAAGCGUGUGUAACGUUUUGCUAGUCCGUCACUGUCGGCGUGUUAGCACGCACGUCAACACUAGUUUGCGGGGUAACAUCGAUCGUUUACGCGUUUAAUACUACGUAACAUGUAGCUAGCUACAGAGCAAAUUCUUCUUAAAAAUGGCUGAAACGGUAACUUCAGCGCGGAAGCACGGGUUUCUGGACAUAAGUCCGGGGAGGAGCGACGCCGCCGCCGCCGACGACAAGGAGAACAACGUCCCGGUUCUGAGCUUGAUCCAGUUUUCGAAGGCUCCGUUCGUCGCGUUCGGAACGGUGAAGUUGGGCACGUCCAGGUCGGCGGUGCUGCGCAUCGAGAACCCCGCAGACGACGCGGAGGCGGAGGUCACCGUGGAGAAGAUCCCGUCGGGCAAAGGCUUCUCCGUGGACCGCAGCGCGUUCACGAUUCAGCCUGAGGGCGUUUUCAGUUUGACAGUAACCUGGACCCCGUCAGAAGAAGGCGGGAUCAGGGAGCUCAUCGUCUUCAACGCCAAUGGCGUCCUCAAGCACCAGGCUGUCAUGCUGGGCAGAGCAGAGGCACCGAAAAAGAAAAAGAAAAGCUUAUGGGACACGAUCAAAAACAAAAGGGAGGGUGGAAAAGCUGCCGCCCCGAGGUCAAAGAAAACGGGACCCCCGCUGAAGAUGGCAGCCAACAAAACCUUCCAAGUGUCCCGAGAGCCGCAGUACAAACGGGACAAGCCGCGCAGCCCUCUCACUUCGCUCAACGAGGGCAGAGCCGUCAGAGAGAGGUCGCUCGCGAAGCGCAGCCCCGACGGCUCCCGCAAAUCAGAGGAGCUGAAGACCUCGAACCCCAAACUGAGGCAACAGUUUCUGGCCUCGUCCGACCAGGAGAACGUCGGCCCUGCUCAGAGGAGCUCUCCGGUCGUCCUCCUCGUCCCGGCCGCCAAGCUGAUGGCCGUGUCUGCCAGCCCCGACGCCCUGGGGAGCAAACCCGAAAACAAAGAUCUCCUGAAAAUACUUAACAGGACAUUGUCCCCUAUCGGGACGCCAGAGAGGUUUAGGAAACUCGUCCCUGUUAUUCAUUUAGAAAGCCCACUCUCUGUCACGGCAGAGGCUGCGGCGGACGCCGAUGACGCCAACAGUGACUUAACCAGAACCCCGGUUCUGUCUUUGAAAGAUGCACUGGCGCUCAUCGACUCUGACCUGAGCAACAUUAACGCCAGUCCUCGAGACUCUAGUUCGGCCUUUUCAGAUUCACUGGAGUCCAAGAGUGGGAGUCGCGGCGGCGGACCCGAAGGAAUCGUCCUCGGAGCGUUACCCUACAGCCCCGAGCUGCCGGAGUCGAAUGAGCCAAGGCUGACCUUCUUCGUCAGCAGCAAGGCCGUCGCCGCCGCCGCCGAGGAUGUUGCCACGGAAACGGUGAAGAGGGCCUCUUUUACCUCCGCCACCGUGGUCAAGAGCAGAGCACCGGCGGAGGAACACGGUUCGAGCGGGAGGAAGAUGAAGAAGUCGAGGCGAAGGCUCUUGGAGAAAACGCUGGAGCUGUCGGACAGCAGCAGUCAGUGUGACUCGGGAACGAGCUCCCCGAAACUUCCCGUUAUAGACCCGGACACGGUGACUAAUGGACGGCAGAACGCCGACGUGACGGGCCGCCUGUGUGACGCCACGCGCCAAGUGCUGGAGUUCACCUCCUCCAGCCCGACACCCGUUACCUUCCCCAUCACCUCUCCUCCAUCCAUGGCUCCCACUCGCUUCUCUUUCUCGGUCACCUCUCCGCCUCCUGCAGCCACCGCCUCCAUUUCUUUCACCGCCACGUCCCCGGCGGCCCCGGCCUCGCCCCCUCCUCUUCGCCGCGACCUCUCGUUGCACGAGCCUUGUCCGACCGAUUCCGCGCCUCCGUCCGCUCCGGAAGACUCGUUUCCCAUUCACGUGGCGGCGGCGGCGAGCAAGAAGAGGAAGAGCGAGGAGUAUCUGAGAAGCGACGCGAAGGCGGCGGCGAAAAGCGACCGGGUCAAAAGGACCAAAGUGGCGGCGACGAAAACCGAAUCCUUGAGAUCGGUGCGGGAGAGAAGUGCAUCGCAGAGGCAACAGCAGAGAACAGCAGGCUCAGUGCGCUCGACGGCCGCGUCGUCUCUGAAGAGCACAAGGUCUUCACUUCCUGCCCCGGCAAAGCCACCGAGCACCAAAGUCUCCUCCCGAGCUGCGCCAUCUCUGAAGUCGUAUGGUGCUUCAGCUGUGAAGACGGCCAAACUCGUUGCCGUGGCGCAGUCAAAGCUGACCUUCGUCAAGCCGACGCAGUCAGCCAUACCGAGGCAUCCGAUGCCGUUUGCCGCCAAGAACAUGUUCUAUGACGAGCGGUGGAUCGAGAAGCAGGAGAGGGGCUUCACGUGGUGGAUCAACUACGUCCUCACCCCGGACGACUUCAAAGUCAACACUGAAGUUGCUAAAGUGAGUGCCGUGUCCCUUGCCAUGGGCAAUGAGGACAACCUCAGCGUCCCCAAAGCCCCAACCAAAGAGGAGAUGUCCUUCAGCACCUACACGGCCCGACGGAAGCUCAACCGCCUCCGUCGCUCCGCCUGCCAGCUGUUCACGUCCGCGGCCAUGGUGAAGGCCAUUCAGAGGCUGGAGCUGGAGGUGGAGGCCAAGCGGCUGCUCGUGCGGAAAGACCGCCAUCUCUGGAAGGACAUAGGUGAACGCCGAAAAGUUCUCAACUGGCUUCUUUCGUACAAUCCGCUGUGGAUGCGCAUCGGGCUCGAGACAAUCUUCGGGGAGUUGAUCUCGCUGGAGAGCAACAGCGACGGCUUGGGUCUGGCCAUGUUCAUCCUCCAGCGGCUGCUGUGGAACCCCGACAUCGCUGCGCAGUUCAGACACGCCAAAGUUCCUCACCUUUACAAAGACGGCCACGAGGAGGCGCUGUCUCGCUUCACGCUGAAGAAGCUGCUCCUGCUGGUGUGUUUCCUGGACAAGGCCAAAGAGUCGCGGCUGAUUGAGCACGACCCCUGUCUGUUCUGCGUGGACGCAGAGUUCAAGACGAGUAAAGACCUGCUCCUGGCGUUCUCCAGGGACUUCCUGAGCGGCGAGGGAAUCCUCCCCCGGCACCUCGGCUACCUGGGGUUGCCCGUGACCCACGUUCAGAAGCCCCUGGACGAGUUCAACUUCGCCGUGAAGAAUUUGGCGGCCGACUUGAAAUGUGGCGUCCGUCUAGUGCGUGUGAUGGAGCUCCUCAUCCAGGACUGGAGCUUGUCGGCGAAGCUCCGCCUGCCGGCCAUCAGCCGCCUGCAGAAGGUCCACAACGUCGACGUCGCUCUGCAAGUGCUCAAGAGCAAAGGCCUCGACCUCAAGGACGAACACGGCGCCGUCAUUGAUUCCAGAGACGUCGUGGACGGACACCGAGAGAAGACACUGAGCCUCUUGUGGAAAAUCAUCUUUGCGUUUCACGUGGAGGUGAUUCUGGACGAGGAUCAGCUGAGAGAGGAGAUCGGCUUCCUGAAGAGAACCUUGAGCACCAAGCGGAGGCUGGUUUCUCUGCGGGCCGACCGGGGCCUUCAGCCGAGUCCCGCCAAGACCAGGCAGCCGCAGACCGAGCACAGCAGCACCAAGAUCAACCUGCUGAUGGACUGGGCCCGCACCGUGGGCGACUUCUACAGCCUGAAGGUGGAGAACUUCACCGUGACGUUCUCGGACGGCCGCGUCCUCUGCUACCUCAUCCACCACUAUCACCCCGGCCUCCUGCCGGAGGUGGCCGUCAGCCACAGCACCACGCAGACGGUGGAGUGCUCACCGAGGGGCCGGCUGGAGCUCAGCUGCUCGGCCAGCGACUCCGACAGCUCCUUCGACUCCCUGCCGACGGGCCUGAACGGCCCAGAUUCUCCGUCUGUGGAGUUUAAAGAGCUGCUGGAAAACGAGAAGAACAACUUCCGACUCGUCAACAACGCCGUGGCGUUCCUGGGCGGCGUUCCCGCCAUGAUCAAUCCGGCCGACAUGUCCAACACCAUCCCCAACGAGAAGGUGGUGAUGUCGUACCUGACCUUCCUAUGUGCUCGUCUGCUGGACCUGCGGAACGAAACCAGAGCGGCCCGGGUCAUCCAGGGGGCCUGGAGGAAAUACAGGCUGAAGAAAGAUCUACAGCUCUACAAGGAAAGAAACAUGGCCGCCGGGAAAAUCCAGCUACUCGUGAGGAGUUUUCUCCAGAGGCGUCGAGCUGUGAGACGGAGUCGAGCCGCUGUUGUCAUCCAGUCGCUGUGGAGGGGUCAUGCGGCCCGCAACAUGCUGAGGCUGCAAGAAGACGCUCGGCGUCGGGCUCUGCAGCACGAAGCAGCAACUGUCAUCCAGGCUCAGUGGAGGAUGUUUUCAGCCACCAGGGCAUACCAACGCCUCACAUACUACGCCAUUGUCGUCCAAGCCCAAUGGCGAAUGAGGAGGGCAGCCGCCGCGUACGGAAGAACCUACUGGGCGGCAACCGUCCUCCAGAAGCGCUCGCGAGCGUCGGCUCUUGCGAGGAGAGAUCGGCAACGUUAUCUCUCCCUGAGAGCUGCGGUGGUGAAACUACAGAGGGGCUACAGACGAUGGAAGGGCCGGAAGAGCGAAAAGGAAAACCACGCCGCCACCGUGAUACAAGCCGCGUUCAAGACAUGGUACGAGGGAAGAAGGGCCGAAAGAAGGUCCGCCGCCGUGAGGAUUCAGUCGUGGUACCGGACGAGGAGUUGCCUCCGUCGAUACGGGGAGAUCAAAAGAAGCGCGAUACUCAUUCAAGCUCGGUACAGAGGUCACGCGCAGAGGCGCAGCUUCGAGGCGCUGAAGCUGCGGCUCCGCUCGGCCGUCGUCAUCCAGAGCGCCUUCAGGGGCCACGCGGUCAGAAAACAGGUGGCGACGGCGAGAUGCGCCGCAGUCGUGAUUCAGCGCUGGUUCAGGGCCACGGCGAAGAGAGACGUGCAGAGGCGGGCGUUCGUGAGGAUGCGAUGUGCCGCCGUUACCGUACAGGCAGCUUAUCGCGGAAAAGUGGCCCGGGAGUUUCUGGCAAGACGGCACAAGGCGGCGUCGGUAAUCCAGGCAGCUUUCAGGAGGUGCGCCGCCCGAAGGCGCUACCUCGCCUUGAGAAGAGCCGCAGUUGUGAUACAGCAAAAGUACAGAGCCACAGUUUUGGCUCGCGAGACCACGGGGGAUUUCCAAGCUCUCAGGAGUUCCGCGCUCGUCAUACAAGCUCACUGGCGAGGCAGAGCCGACAGGAAGAGGAUGGAGACUCGUCACAAGUGUGCGGCCCUGAUACAGGCUCACUACCGCCGGCACAGAGCGCAGGCGGAGUACAGGUCUCAGAAGGCAGCGGCCGAAGUCAUUCAACGACAGUUCAGAGCUUAUGUGGCUGGAAGGGAGACGAGGGAAGCUUACCUGUCCGCGAGAGCCGCCUGUGUUGCUCUUCAAGCUGGUUUCAGAGGCAUGCGAGUCAGGAAAGAGCUCGAGGAGAAGCGCCAGGCAGCGACUGUCAUUCAGUCUUCAGUCAGGAUGCUUUUGAGCAGGAAGCGAUAUGUUCUCCUUCAAAGUGCCUCGAUCGUCAUCCAGAGUCGAUACAGGGCCCUUCUGCUCGGCAGAACACAGCGAACCGAGUACAGGGUGCUGCGGCAGGCCGCCGUGAAGAUUCAAGCUGCCUACAGGGCGUGUCGAGUAAGAGCCGACCUGAGGAGGAGGCACAGCGCUGCCCGAGCAAUCCAAGCGCAGUUCAGGAUGUACAGAACACGUAUGGCCUACCUCGCCACCAAAUGCGCCGCCAUUAUUAUCCAGGAGCGCUACAGAGCCAAAAGGCUCCGGGACAAAGAGUGGCGGCGGUACAUGUCGAUGAAAUCCGCGGCUGUGGUCAUACAGGCGGCGUAUCGUGGCCACAUGGCCAGGGGGGAGGUUGCAGAGAUGCACCGAGCCGCCACCAUCAUUCAGAGGAAGUUCCUCGCAAUGCGAGAUAGAAAUAGGUUUGUAGCUAUGAAGGCGGCGGCUUGGGUUUGCCAGCAGAGGUACAGAGCCGUGACCCUGGCGAGAAGAGACCGUCUGGACUAUCUGUCGAAACGCAGGGCGGCCGUUGGUCUGCAGGCGGCCUUCAGGGGAUUCGAGGUCAGGAGGCAGUGGCGUAUCCAGCGCACGGCAGCUGUGGCCAUUCAGUCUCACUUCCGAAAGUACCGGCAGCGAGUCUACUACACGAGACUGCGCUGGGCUGCUAAUGUGUUGCAAGCGCGUUACAGGGCCAAUAAAGAGACCAGACGGGAGAUGCACACGCUGCGUGCCAAGAGAAACGCCGCUGUCUUCUUACAAGCCGCCUUCCGCGGAAUGAAAUGCAGACGCGUCGUCAAACAGAGUCACCAGGCUGCCAGUGUCAUCCAGAGAGCUUACAGAGCCCGCUGCGAACGAAGACAUUAUCUGACCUUGGUCGUCACUGUUCAGCGGAGGUAUCGUGCAACUGUAGCGGCAAAGGAACAAAUGCAAAAAUACCAGCAAAUGCAAAGAGCUGCUCUUGUCCUGCAGGCGGCCUACAGAGGUCAGAAGGUCAGACGGGAGGUCACUCGUCGGCUUAGGGCCGCCACUGUGAUUCAGUCCAUGUUCAGAAAGCACAGAGAGGAAGUCAAGUUCCAGGCCAUGCGACUGUCGGCCGUCAUCAUCCAGAGACACUACCGCUCCCGUGUUCUUCAGAGACAAGAAAGGGAACGCUUCCUUCAAUUGAGACAAUCAGCUGUUGUUCUCCAGGCGGCUUUCAGAGGUCACCAUGUGCGAAGCGACAUUGCCGAGAUGCACCGGGCAGCAACUGUCCUCCAAGCAAACUUCAAGAGGCACAGACAGCAGUCGGCCUUCAGGAGACGACGCUGGGCGGCUUGUGUCUUCCAGCAGAGGUUCAGAGCUCAGAGACAAAGAGACACAGAGAUCAAAGAUUAUCAAGAGGUUAGAAAAGCAGCCAUCGUGUUACAGGCUGCAUAUCGUGGAAUGAAAUCAAGGAGGAACGUCAAACAGAGUCACCAGGCUGCCAGUGUUAUCCAAAGAUCUUACAGAGCCCUCUGUGAACGAAGGAACUAUCUGACCUUGAAGUCCUCCGUCCUCACUGUUCAGCGGAGGUAUCGUGCAACUGUAGCUGCUAAAGUACAACGGACACAAUACCUUGAAUUGCGCAGCGCAGCCAUAGUCCUUCAGGCGGCCUACAGAGGUCAGAAGGUCAGACGUGAGGUAGCUCACUGGCAUCGUGCCGCCACUGUGAUUCAGUCCAUGUUCAGAAAGCACAGAGAGGAAGUCAAGUUCCAGGCCAUGCGGCUGUCGGCCGUCAUCAUCCAGAGACACUACCGCUCCCUUGUUCUUCAGAGACAAGAAAGGGAACGCUUCCUUCAACUGAGACAAUCAGCUGUCGUCCUCCAGGCGGCUUUCAGAGGUCAUCGUGUGCGAAGCGACAUCGCCGAGAUGCACCGGGCAGCAACUGUCCUCCAAGCAAACUUCAAGAGGCACAGACAGCAGUCGGUCUUCAGGAGACGACGCUGGGCGGCUUGUGUCUUCCAGCAGAGGUUCAGAGCCCAGAGACAAAGAGACAUGGAGAUUAAACAUUAUCAAGAGGUUAGAAAAGCAGCCAUCGUGUUACAGGCCGCAUAUCGUGGAAUGAAAUCAAGGAGGAACGUCAAACAGAGUCACCAGGCUGCCAGUGUUAUCCAAAGAUCUUACAGAACACAUUGUGAACGAAGGAACUAUCUGACCUUGAAGUCCUCCGUCCUCACUGUUCAGCGGAGGUAUCGUGCAACUGUAGCGGCAAAGGAACAAAUGCAAAAUUACCAGGAAAUGCAAAGAGCUACUGUUGUCCUUCAGGCGGCCUACAGAGGUCAGAAGGUCAGACGGGAGGUCGCUCACUGGCAUCAUGCCGCCACUGUGAUUCAGUCCAUGUUCAGAAAGCACAGAGAGGAAGUCAAGUUCCAGGCCAUGCGACUGUCGGCCAUCAUCAUCCAGAGACACUACCGCUCCCGUGUUCUUCAGAGACAAGAAAGGGAACGCUUCCUUCAACUGAGACAAUCAGCUGUCGUCCUCCAGGCGGCUUUCAGAGGUCAUCGUGUGCGAAGCGACAUCGCCGAGAUGCACCGGGCAGCAACUGUCCUCCAAUCACACUUCAAGAGGCACAGACAGCAGUCGGCCUUCAGGAGACGACGCUGGGCGGCUUGUGUCUUCCAGCAGAGGUUCAGAGCUCAGAGACAAAGAGACACAGAGAUUAAACAUUAUCAAGAGGUUAGAAAAGCAGCCAUCGUGUUACAGGCCGCAUAUCGUGGAAUGAAAUCAAGGAGGAACGUCAAACAGAGUCACCAGGCUGCCAGUGUUAUCCAAAGAUCUUACAGAACACAUUGUGAACGAAGGAACUAUCUGACCUUGAAGUCCUCCGUCCUCACUGUUCAGCGGAGGUAUCGUGCAACUGUAGCUGCUAAAGUACAACGGACACAAUACCUUGAAUUGCGCAGCGCAGCCAUAGUCCUUCAGGCGGCCUACAGAGGUCAGAAGGUCAGACGUGAGGUAGCUCACUGGCAUCGUGCCGCCACUGUGAUUCAGUCCAUGUUCAGAAAGCACAGAGAGGAAGUCAAGUUCCAGGCCAUGCGGCUGUCGGCCGUCAUCAUCCAGAGACACUACCGCUCCCUUGUUCUUCAGAGACAAGAAAGGGAACGCUUCCUUCAACUGAGACAAUCAGCUGUCGUCCUCCAGGCGGCUUUCAGAGGUCAUCGUGUGCGAAGCGACAUCGCCAAGAUGCACCGGGCAGCAACUGUCCUCCAAUCACACUUCAAGAGGCACAGACAGCAGUCGGCCUUCAGGAGACGACGCUGGGCGGCUUGUGUCUUCCAGCAGAGGUUCAGAGCCCAGAGACAAAGAGACACAGAGAUCAAACAUUAUCAAGAGGUUAGAAAAGCAGCCAUCGUGUUACAGGCUGCAUAUCGUGGAAUGAAAUCAAGGAGGAACGUCAAACAAAGGCAUCAAGCUGCGAGUGUUUUACAGAGAGUUUACAGGGCCCACUCCGAACGCAAGCAGUAUCUGAAGUUGAAACUGUCUGUCCUCGCCAUUCAGCGAAAAUAUCGAGCGACCGUUUCUGCCAAAGUCCAACGAACACAAUACCUGGAAACGCGCAGCGCAGCCAUCGUCCUUCAGGCGGCCUACAGAGGUCAGAAGGUCAGACAGGAGGUCGCUCGUCGGCAUCGGGCCGCCACUGUGAUUCAGUCCGUGUUCAGAAAGCACAGAGAGGAAGUCAGAUUCCAGGCCCUGCGACUGUCGGCCGUCAUCAUCCAGAGACACUACAGGGCCCAUCUUCUUCAGAGACGAGACGGGGAGGAGUUUCUGAAGAAGAAACGAUCCGCCAUCCUCCUUCAGGCGGCGUUCAGAGGCCGGUGCGUCAGGAGGGAAAUUGGCCGACGGAACCGAACUGCCGUCGUCAUCCAGUCGCGCUGGAGAGGCCUGGUGCAGAGGCGUGUCUUCCAAAGGAAGAGGGAGGCGGCCGUGACACUCCAGCGCAGGAUCCGGGCGGCGCAGCGAGGCAGAGCGCAGAGGAACGACUACGUCCGGACGAGGCGCGCCGCCGUCGCGCUCCAGACGCACUGCCGAGCCUGGAUCGCAAGACGACAGGUGCUGGAGGCCGCCAAGGCAGAGAGGAGGCUCCGUUUUACGUCGGCAGUCUUCCAUCAUCUCAGUGCCAUGAAGAUCCAGCGAGCUCUGAGAGCUCACCGGGCCUUAAAGUCGGCGAAGAGACAAAUCCACUCUGUCGUCACCGUCCAGCGAUGGGUGAGAGCGAGGCAGCAGAGGAGGCGGUAUCUGGAGGACAGGAGGAAGGUGGUUGUAGCCCAGCGAGCGAUCAAGCGCUGGUCAGCUCGCCGCCACGACGCUGCGUCCGUCAUCCAGCAGGCCGUCCGGAGAUUCCUCCUUCUCCGGCGCCAGCAGAGGGUUGAGCAGGGCAUUGUCAAAGCUCAGGCUCUGUGGAGAGGACACCGCUCCCGCCGACUGAACGACAAGCCCAAGGUGGUGAGGCUGAGACACCGCCUGCGCCAGGUCUCCGCCGCCGUCCGGGAGGAGGACAAGCUGUGCAACAAGACGUCGUCCGCACUGGACUACCUCCUCCGAUACAAACACUUCUCCUACAUCCUCGAGGCCCUGAAGAACCUCGAGACCGCCACCCGGCUGUCGCCCGAGUGCUGCGAGCGGCUGGUGGGCAGCGGAGCAACCAACGUCAUCUUCACGCUCAUCCGCUGCUGCAACCGCAGCGUCCCCUGCAUGGACGUGAUCACCUUCUCCAUCCAGAUCCUCCUCAACCUCUCCAAGUACCACAAGACGAUCGAGGCCGUGUAUUCGGUGGAAAACUCUGUGGAGACGCUGCUGGACCUGCUGCAGAGAUACCGGGAGAAGGCCGGGGACAAGGUGGCAGAGAAGGGCGGCGGCAUCUUCACCAAGGCCUGCUUCCUCCUCGCCCUCCUGCUGCAGGACCAGCACCGCGCCGCGGAGGUCACGAAGCUACCGAAAACCUCGGAUAGGAUUCGCAGUAUUUACCGCCUCACCGCGCGCAAACACAAGAUGGACGCCGAGAGAACCGUCACCAAGCAGAAGAUGAACGCGUCGAUUAACGGGAGCUUUUUUAUUCAGGCGACGCCUCGUAAAUCCCGACCCUCGCCCAAUCAUUUUCCCAAAGUCAGUGAUAAUCGUCGCCAUAGGGACACACCUAGGACAGGUUUGCGCCCGAUUGGGUUCUGAGAAAGGACAAGCUGCAGGACAUAGUGGAUCCUCUCAGGGCCAUUCAGAUGGUGGCAGACAAACUGUCCAUUGUGCUGUAAAUAGAAAACGCUUUAGAUCUUAAGUCAUCUCCCCUUUUUUUCCUUCUCUCUCUCUCUCUCUUUUGAAAAGAUUGUUUUAUGUUUUUUGGGGGUUUUUUACUGUUACAUUUCCAUGUGUCUCAUGUAAAUAUUAAAUGGAUUUGUUUCUUAAACAUGGA